GGUGAGGGUCAUGGGAGCGUCAGUCGUGCCUCCUCCACCUGCUCUCCUCGUUCCGUCGUACCAUCAGCGUGGCGACUGACAAAGUGACUAAAUGGAGUGAAUCAAUCAUAGUAAUGCGAGACAAAAUCGUACUCACGACAAAGAGCGAAACGUUACGAAGAUGAGAACAUGAGGAUAAGACACGCCAAGAAGAGUGUUUACCGGUAGCAACAGAUACUGAAGUUCCUCACACUAUGUAUAACGACAGUGAAAAGGGAGUGAAGAGAAAAUAUGGCUCCAGAUUUGGACAAAACGAAAGCCUUAACAGCAAGAGGGAAUCCACCCUUAGCCUUGAUGACCUCAGUCUGGGGGAGAGUGAGAUCUCCCUGCCGUCCUUCUCGACCAACAGCACUCUCCCUGUCCACGAGGCCGACUUCAACGCACACAAUCUAUCUGCCGGUUUCGGAGUCCAACCGAAGUCUAAAGAAAUUCUGGGUCAAAAUGUUACGAAAGGAUUCCCUUACGAUGAACUGAAAGCGGAGGAAGAGAAGGAGAGAGUUAUCGGCGUCAUAGGCAGUGGGGAUUACGGCCGCGCCAUCGCAGGCAAGAUUGCACAGGCUGGAUACACAGUGCUGAUUGGCUCCCGCGAUCCUACCAAUCCUCAGAUACAAGACUUGGUGAGAAAGAAAGCGGGCACACGGCUGGUGACUCAGGAUGAGGCAGCGAGGGCCAACACGGUGGUGGUGGCUGUAGGGCACGACCACUACCAACGCCUCCCUCUCUCACUCCUCCGUCAUAAGGUGGUGAUUGACGUGGCCAACUCUACCUCCCCACAACCACUCAGUUUGCCGAGCUACGCAGAGAAGUUGCAGAGUUUGUUGCCAGAUGCGUUUGUAGUGAAGGCUUUCAACGUGCUGUCCGCCUACGCUCUGGAGAACAAUGUGCAACAGGCAGCCAAGCAGGUGCCGGUAGCGUCAGACUGGAAGGAUGCUCGUGGUCGUGUGCUGGAGAUGGUCAAACACAUGGGGUACUGUGGUGUGGACUUGGGCCCACUGAGGGAAGCGCGGUACAUUGAGGCCAUCCCACUACAGCUCAUUCCUGCCUGGAGGACCCCACUCAUUCUGGUCACUGCUCUCUGGCUCCUACACUACCUUGUCCUCCUCUUCAAGUUCCAGGUGUGUGGAAGUGUUAAAGAGGGUGAGUCGUGGAGGGAUUCAACACUCAAGCAUUUGGCUCUCCUGAACUUCAACCGUACUACAGCCAUCACUGCUCUCUGGACCCUCACUCUGUGUUACCUCCCUGGUGUGGGCGCCGCCUACUUGCAGCUGAUAUGGGGCACCAAGUACAGACGAUUCCCAGGGUGGCUCGACAACUGGCUCAAGAUGAGGAAACAACUCGGUCUUCUCAUGUUGUGGCUCUCUGUUGUUCACACUUGUCUCGGUCUCGCCAUAUGGUCGGGCGACUACGAUGCCUUGGUGUGGGAGCCGGCGACUGUCAUAUCUGUUGACGUCAAGGUCAACAGCACCUCCUUCGUGACUAGAGAAAUAACUAUUCAUAAUUCCAAAAUGAGUCUUCAGGGAGAGUUAUUCCUCACAAUGGGGACGCUGUCGAUGUGUAUUACCUGCAUCCUGGGCGUGUCAUCACUACCAUCUGUGUCAGCCACCCUGACGUGGAGAGAGUUUACCUUCAUACAGAGCAAGUUAGGAUGGGUAGCACUGCUGACAGCCACCGUCCAUGACGGUCUAAUUGGGUGGGGAUUCUCUCACUCUGACUACACCGUGUGUUCCCUCCCCUCCGGUGCUCAGUACGCUCUACAUAUCCCGCUACUGACAAUUCUACUAAAGAUGCCUCUGUUGUGUCCGUGUGUCGAUAACGCUCUUCAGAAGAUCAGACGAGGCCACGACAGAAAACCAAGACCCAGGCCUCCCUCAGUACUGCCCUCAUCCACCACUACCACCCACCUCGACAUGACCAGGAGGAAACGAGACCAUAGAGCGUGGCAGUCACAACACGUACAAGUUCAACCCUACGUCAUCCAAGCCUGAGAGUUGCGCCUCAAGCCAGGUGUACUGCUGUCUGUUCUAUCAUCUUGUCACUUUUAUCAAAAUUAUACAUCUGUUACCAAAAAAAAAUAUCGAGUUACCAGAGAAGCAAUUCAGCUGUAUGGUAUAAGUAAUUAAUAACAUCAUUAUUAGUCUUAUAAUUUUGUUUGUCUCUUUGUAAUUGACUACGUUCAAGGAAUGGAUGAAAGACAAUUAUUUGAAUAUUUAAAAAAAAUAAUGUCGAAAUCACUCCAUUCAAAGGUUUCACAGAACGAGAUGAAUAAUUUUAAUGAAGAUCAAAUAAUGUUACAACUUAUUUUAUAGUAAGAGACAAAAUGUAUAAGUACUGUGCUGUGUAAUAUUCUUCACGGCACAUCACAGAAAACGACGCCUCCAGAUCAGCAGCCCCGAGCAAGUCAGUACAACUAGAACAUUCAGUUGGAAAAAUGGAAAUGAUGAAACUAUGUGGGAACUUUUCUUAGAACUUUCUUAUAUUACCUCAAGUGUAAACUUUUACUGCUUCACUGGAAAUGUCGUCAUGGGGGCAUAUAGCAUUCAAAUUUGUAUGUUACUAAUACGAUCAGUCGUUUAUUGGGUGACCUUAAAUGGUAAGUUUGUUUUUAUUCUACGAUGGUGAAAUGUUAACCAUUCUCAAUCAUUAUUAUAGACGCACAUGAAAGUGGACCCAUUGGCUGAGACCUCAUCGCCAGUGAGUAAAUAACAACUAUAAAAACACAUUACUCGAAACACAAAAGGAAUUCAUAAUCGUAACCAAGAACGAAUGGAUUAUCACACCUAACCUAACCAAACCAAACCAAACCAAACCAAACCAAACCAAACCAAACCAAACCUAACCUAACCUUUUGUGAACUUGUAGCCCACCACUGUAGAUGUUAUUUAUACAGCUCUGAUAUUUACUGCUGACAGGGACAGUAGACAUGGAAACGUCCCAUUCCAUCGGCCUCUGUACAUACACGUCCUACCUCAACUGUUGUCAUCCUUACAUCACACAUUUCAAAAUAAUUACACUUCA